GAGAGGAACUGUAGAGAGAGAAUCAGCAAAACACAGAAGAAGAGAGAGAAAAAGGGCGUAGAGAGAGAAGAGCGCAGAGAGGGAGAGUGAAUUAAGAGAAGCCGAGUAUUUCAUAAACCUAACCCUAAGACAGAGGAUUUAGAAAUCCUAGGUUGCCUUUAAUGGUGGAUAUUAAAAUCGCUUGUUUAGCUGUUGAUUCAUACAAGGAAUAGGCAGAAAUCCAUUGGCCCACGCAUUUGAAUGGAUAAACACGAAUUUACUUUGUGUAUUUUCUAAUUUUAAAUAUCUCAUAAAUCUGUUUUCAAGAAUCAAAGGCCUCUCGCUCUCUUAAAUUUAUAUUUAAAAAAUAAUCCCUCUCAACAACCUGGUUCCUUUUUCCCACUUCAAAUCUGAAAAACUCGUGCGAUUCUCUCUCUCUCCUGAUUUUUUUUGGCUUUUUAAGUCCAAAGAAUCCCUUUAACUAUCGUUCUUCUGGUUUUUUUUGCAUUUUUAAGCCAUAACCGUCCCUCCAAUUCUCUCUCUCUAGGAUUUUGUGUUCAUUAAACCGUUCUCUCUCUGGUUUUUUUCUGUUCUCGUUCUCUCUUUAAAUUCUCUCUGUUCUCUAAACAGUCUCUCUUUCUAAUUUUUUUUCUGUUUCUCUGAACGUUUCCCUUUCUAGAAAACUGUUGUAGCCACGAUGGUGAAUCCCGAUACUGUUCGUAACAUUGUUGGCAUUAUAGGGAAUGUGAUAUCAUUCGGUCUCUUUCUCUCUCCCAUGCCCACUUUUUAUAUGAUAUGGAAAAAGAGAGCGGUUGAGCACUUUUCGGCUGUCCCUUAUGUUGCAACUCUUUUGAAUUGUAUGAUGUGGGUUCUCUAUGGCCUUCCUAUUGUUCAUCCCAAUAGUAUUCUUGUGGUCACCAUUAAUGGAGUUGGCUUCGUUCUUGAGUCCUUCUACCUCACAAUGUUCCUUAUCUACUCCACCAAAGCUCAGAGGAUAAAAGUGGGUAUGUACUUGCUCUGCGAGAUCGUGUUCAUGGCUGUGGUUAUAUCGUGUGUGCUUACAUUGGCUCACACCCAUGAGAAGCGCUCCAUGAUUGUGGGCAUCCUUUGCAUCAUCUUUGGCACUUGUAUGUACGCUGCCCCUCUCUCUGUCAUGAAAAGAGUUAUCACUACUAAGAGUGUGCAAUACAUGCCCUUUUUUCUCUCCUUGACCAAUUUCCUUAACGGCGUUUGCUGGAGCAUCUAUGCUAGCAUCCACUUUGACAUAAAUCUGAUUAUUCCAAAUGGCCUCGGUGCGCUUUUUGGUGCUAUUCAACUCAUACUCUAUGGCAUUUAUUGCCGGAACAAAGUCGAGGAGAUGAACGAGGAUGUGAAAGAGAAGGAAGCCGAGUACGGUGAAAUUCAGAUGCAGCGUGGCAUCAAUCACCCUAACACCACGGGCUAGAUUGCGAAAUCACACCAUUAUUUGCAUUUUGUUCUACUUGCUGUCUUUUCUUUUUUGCAUUUAUCCCGUUUCAAACUCUUUAAAAAGAAAUACAUUGCAGCGAUUUGAAGCUGGGUAAUAUCCUCACUCAAAUUGUUAAAACAAAUUCGUUGAAGUGAUUAGAAGAGUGAGGAUCAUUGGAUCAUUUUAUGCUGCAAAUGUUACUGUUGAUAGUUUUUUUUAAUAUAUAUAUGUUACUUUUGAUAA